GGUCAGGAUUACAGAUGUGUACUGAUUCAUUUGAGACGUUCAUUAAGGGUUUCUAGAAAUGAAUUUCCAGGGAUCACAGUGAAGCACUGGAUUGGCUGUCUUACAGUAUAGGCAGUUUUGUCUCCUCCCUGCCGUUCCAACGACUGCCUUCAAAGCGCCAGGACAGCUAAAAUCGUUUCCGGAGUCCCUCCCCGCAGAGAAGCUGGGUCAGAAAAGCCGGAAACCCACACCUCCUCCCCAGAGCUCCCUUAUUACGCCUGCGCGUCACUCGGCGGCGGCGCGCUCGCCCGAGGCAUUGUGGUUAUUGUAGUCUCCCCCAUAUCCUUGGCGCCCACAGUCCCGUGACGCCGCGGCGCCUCAGCCCCACCCCGCAGUGUCCCUCCGGGGCCGCCGCGGGGCCUGCGAACCGGGCGCGGCAUUCAGGCCAGUCAGCUGUUUCUCCUUGGGCAGAGGGCGGAAGCCCGAGCAGCCUGGGGCGGAGCUUCGCGCGGAGCGAACGCCCACCCUCCCUGCGUGCUCGUUCGUCUCCGUUCGCUGCGCGCGAGCCGGGAGUCCCCGCGGCGGGCGGCGGUGGCGUUGGCGGAAGGCGGCGGCGGCUGCGGCGGCGGCGGUGGAGAGAAGCCCGCGGCUGCCGCGGCGACAGCGAAAUGGCGGAGACGGUAGCGGACACCCGGCGGCUCAUCACCAAGCCGCAGAAUCUGAAUGACGCCUACGGGCCGCCCAGCAACUUCCUCGAGAUCGACGUGAGCAACCCGCAGACCGUGGGGGUCGGCCGGGGCCGCUUCACCACCUACGAGAUCAGGGUCAAGACAAAUCUUCCUAUCUUCAAGCUGAAGGAAUCUACUGUUAGAAGAAGAUACAGUGACUUUGAGUGGCUUCGAAGCGAACUAGAAAGAGAGAGCAAGGUUGUAGUUCCCCCACUCCCUGGGAAAGCAUUUUUGCGGCAGCUUCCUUUUAGAGGAGACGAUGGAAUAUUUGAUGACAAUUUCAUCGAGGAAAGGAAGCAAGGGCUGGAACAGUUCAUAAACAAGGUCGCUGGUCAUCCUCUGGCCCAGAAUGAACGUUGUCUCCACAUGUUUUUACAGGAUGAAAUUAUAGAUAAAAGCUAUACUCCAUCUAAAAUAAGACAUGCCUGAGUUUGGUGAGAAGCAGCAAAACCCGAGACCAUUAAUGAUUCAUCCGCACCAAUGAAGAAGUUGUAACUAACUAGCAUGCUGCACAGACACUGGCAUAGCAUGCCCUGGGUACACUAACACUCACCUGCUCUCUUUCCUUUCGUUUGUCUUGGCAGUUGACAAGGCAUUCAUUUGCUUUAGUGAAACUCCCUCGCUCCAGCCUCUCUAAGUAGCUCUUCCCGCUGUGUCCGUGUGCACACGUAGCCCCACAGCCCCGUAGAACCUGCAGUGUCCUGACUAAAGCUGCCGACUUGCUCUCAUUUGCAGUUUCUGUGUCAUGUUUGCUUCUUGAAUCUGAUUGACUAGAAUAUUUCUCCCCCCUGCCCCUUGAUGUGUGAUGUCACCACCUGGUCCUAAUUUCUGUGCAGGAGCACGACACCACUUGUCUCCAGUGCCACACAUCCGAGGUGUACUUUGUGUGCAGAAUGUCUCUUCCUUCUGGCCUGUAAUCCCCUUCCCAUGAAAGAUUAAUGAGGGAAAUCUUUAUAUUCUGUAUAAAAACAAAAUCAAAUUUAUAUACUAAAAUCAUUUGUCUAAAAUUUAAGUUGUUUUCAAAUAAAAGUUGAAAUGCA